AUGCAAGGCUUCAACAUGGGCCGGUACGUCCCGCCGGACCUCGAGGGCACCACAUCGGCCAACAAAGCCUCGGGUAAAGGUCAUGCGCUCGGCAGCCGCGCCUCCAAGCUCUCCUCCCAGGGUAUCCUAACCGUGCGCUUCGAGAUGCCUUUCGGAGUCUGGUGCACCAGCUGCCCGAAACCGACCGUCAUCGGCCAAGGUGUGCGCUUCAAUGCCGAGAAGAAGCGCGUGGGGAACUACUACAGCACACCGAUCUGGAGUUUUCGCAUGCGACACGCUGCGUGCGGUGGUGCCAUCGAGAUCCGGACUGAUCCCAAGACAACGAGCUACAUGGUCACUGAGGGCGGGAAGAAGAAGGACACGGGCGAGGAUAAAGUCCUGGAGGGGGACUUCGUGAUCCAGACUGCGGAGGAGCGGGAGGCGCUCAGGGGCAACGCGUUCGCGAAGCUGGAGAAGACGAUUGAGGAUCGGGAGCAACUUGUCCUGGCGAAAGCGAGGAUAGAGGAGCUAGAAGAUGUGAAUGCAAGGCUGUGGGAGGAUCCUUACGAGCGGAAUCGGCGGCUGAGGAAGGAGUUUAGGGUUGGACGACAUGCGAGGGAGCGGGAAGAAAAGACGGCGGAGGAGUUGAAGGAUAAGAUGAGCUUGGGGAUUGAUCUGAUUCCUGCGAGCGAAGAGGACGCGCGGCGGGCUGCGUUGGUAGAUUUUGGACAGAUUGAUGGGGAUGGGCUGGGGAGCAAGGCCCUUACGAAACCGCUGUUUGCAAGAGAAGCGAACAGAGCACAGAAGCUGUCUGUGAAGGGCAAGAACAGGCUGAACUCCAAGAUUUCCGCCGCGUCGGAAAUGAGGGAGACUCUCGUGUCAGAGAUUGUGGGAAACACGCGCGCCGCGCAGGAUCCGUUUCUUGUCCAAGAGCAACCCCCAAAGGCGCCAAUGAGGAUACCAGGAAUUAAGAGGAAGAGAGAUCUGGCCGAUGAGCCGGGCAGUUCAAGAGCUGACGUCACAGAGAACAAAGUUGCAGCAGAGAACCCAGCCAUAAACGUAACAGCACCAGCCGCUCUGGUUGACUACGACUCGAAUUCGGAAUAG